AUGUUGCCUACAGCACACAACAGGAUCCUAACCAUAGCGGCGAAGCAAGAACCCCUACUUCUCGCAAUCAACGAUAAGAUCCCUAAACAAUUCAUCUUUGAUAAGAAAUACAAAAUACAAUUAAACGAAUACAUGUCAGAGUCUAACAACGUUGGAGACUUAUUAGUCUUCACGGACGGGUCCAAAACAAAGGAUGGUACGGGUGCUGGGGUCUUCUCUGAGGACUUAAAUAUCCACGUCUCGCACUCUCUCGGACCCCAUAACACGGUUUUCCAGGCAGAAUGCCUAGGAAUCUUCCUAGCAGCUAUGGCAAUAAUUACAAGAAAUGUAACAAACUAUUCGAUUAAGAUUUUGUCGGAUAGUAAGGCAGCACUCAUGGCUAUCAAAAGCCAUGAAAUCUCUUCAGGAAUAAUCCUAGAAUGUCACUCAGCUCUGUCCAGAGUAUGUGAAAUGGGGAAUUCCAUAACAUUGCAGUGGAUCAAAGGACACAGCAGCUCACGUGGUAACGAUGCUGCUGAUAUCUUAGCCAGGAGAGCAUCCGAUACAUCGGUCAUGGGACUGCUUCCUAUUGUUCCGAUACCUUCAAGCUGGAUCAGGUCUUCGAUUAUCCAGCUCACUAACAACGCACAGGAAGAUGAAUGGAUGAGCAGAUCUGACUGCAAGCAGGCACAAGAAGCCCUACCAUUCUUAGAUUCUAGACUUGCUAGACGACUGUUAAACCUGCGAAGAUUACAAUUACGUACAAUUACAGGGGCCCUUACAGGUCAUGGUCUCUUUAACAAGCAUCUCUUUAACUUAGGGAUUACUGACAGUCCGUUAUGUAGAGCGUGCAUGACGACUGAAGAAACGGCAGCCCACGUGAUCAUGGAAUGCACGGCGGUUGCGGAGUACAGGGCAAGGCAUUUGGGUUGUCCUAGGUCCCUCCCUGAGGUUUUCAGCAGCCCUCACAAGCUGCUGAGCUUCAUGGAGGAGCUGGGAUGGUUCCAGCUUUGA